AUGAGCAGUACUAGUCUUCAGGUGAUGAACAAUGUUGAUCAGGAGCUGGAUGUUGAAGAAGCUGGAAAACUAACGAAGGCUGAUAAAGUUCACACAGGGAGAGUGAAGCUGCAGAUGUACAGAGAGUACUUCAGGACCAUCGGGCUGACCAUCAUCAUGUCCAUCAUCCUCCUCUGUGCCUUCCAACAGGCCGCGUCGCUGGCCUACAACUAUUGGCUGAGCCUCUGGGCCGACGAGAAGCCCGUCAACGGAACCCAGAGCGACCACGAGCUGAAACUCAGCGUGUUCGCAGCACUCGGGUUCACUCAGGCGAUGGCCAUGUUUGGGACGACGCUCGCCAUCGCUCUGGGCGGUAUCGUAGCUUCACGCCACCUUCACGCUGAUCUCCUCCACAGCGUGCUGCACUCGCCCAUGUCCUUCUUUGAGGUGACGCCCAGCGGGAACCUCCUGAAUCGCUUCUCUAAAGAGAUUGACGCCAUCGACUGCAUGAUUCCUGACGGGCUGAAGAUGAUGCUGGGUUACUUGUUCAAGCUGCUGGAGAUCUGCAUCAUCGUGUUGUUGGCCACGCCCUUCGCAGGGCUGGUGCUCCUCCCCCUGGCCUGCGUCUACGUCUUCAUACAGAGUUUCUACGUGGCGUCAUCGUGUCAGCUGCGACGCCUGGAGGCGGUGAGUCGCUCGCCGGUUUACAGUCACUUCAACGAGACGGUGCAAGGAGCCGCCGUCAUCCGAGCGUUUGGCGAACAACAGAGAUUCGUCCUGCAGGCCCACCGUCGCAUCGACAACAACCAGGAAGCUUAUUUCCCUCGAUUUGUCGCCACCAG